AUGGCUGUACUGGCUGAACAGGAAGCAGUAUUUAUUGGUGCUAAUAAGCGCACUGGAUGCUUUGAUUUCAACUACUGCAAUCUGACUAUUGCAUAUGGUGCUUCAAAUAAUGUAGCACUUUGGAAACCAUUGGAUCCAACUCACCAUGGAGCGUAUGAUACUUUAAAGGGACAUAAAGCUGAUGUAACUGGUCUUCAAUUUGUUCCUGGAAGUGAUACUUUAGUAUCUAUUGGCGAAGAUUCUCAAGUCAUUGUUUGGGAAAUCAAGAAUAGGAAGUAUGAAUCAAUUCAAACCAUUUUCUUAGAGGGAGGGCUUGUUCUUAACUGUUUGGCCUUAUGGAAAGAUAUGAUAUUUGUGGGUGCAAAUGAUGGUUCUGUUAAAGUAUUUUGCAAAAAGGCCACCAGUUCGGAAUAUACUUUGCUUCAAUCUUUCACAGUUGCGCAAGGAUUUUUCCCAACUUCUUUGGCUCUUCAGAAAGUGGAAGAAGAUGCUUUUAUUCUUGCUGUGUCUGGUACCAAAACCAACGUUUAUAUUUUUUCCUUUAUGCACAAAGAAUAUUCAAAUGAAACUCCUUCAAUAACAUUGGCAGCAACAUUGGCAGGACAUGAAAAUUGGAUCAACUGUUUAUCAUUUGUUUGUGAAGAACAUAGCAAGAAUUAUGUUUUAGCAAGCGGUUCUGAAGAUAGGUACAUUCGUUUGUGGAGAAUUAAAUUAAAUGAACAAAUUGAUAAUUCAGAUGAAGAUGAAACCAAACUUGUUCUUUUGUCAAACAAACAAUACAAGUUUAGAAUAAGUGAUGACAUUAAAGUUGCUAUUAGUUUUGAGGCAUUGCUUAUGGGUCACGAUGAUUGGGUCACUAGCUUGAAAUGGCAUCCAGCCUUAAGCAAUGGAAAACAGGGUAAAGAUACCACCAAGCUUCAACUUUUAAGUUCAAGUGCUGAUACUGCGUUAAUGAUUUGGGAAAUGGAUGAAACCUCUGGAAUUUGGGUAUGUCGUAACAGAUUAGGGGAAUUAUCCAUCAAAGGUGCAUCAACUGCAACGGGUGCAUCUGGUGGGUUUUGGUCUUGCUUAUGGUUCAUGGAAGGUUCCAUUCAAUAUAUUGCAGCCGUAGGAAAGACCGGUUCUAUCAGAUGUUAUAAGGCAAACGAUGAAGAGGCAAUGGCUUUUGAAUCAGUUCUUGGUGUGACUGGUCCUAAUAAGGAAGUAACGGAUUUAGUGUGGUCUGGUGAUGGAAAUUAUUUCAUGGCAACUUCUUUAGAUCAAACAACCAGAUUAUUUGCUCCUUGGAAUACAAACCGUGAAGGUACUUGUACUUGGCACGAGUUUGCAAGACCACAAAUCCAUGGAUAUGAUAUGAUUUGUUUAGAUAACUUGGGCUCAUCUAAAUUCGUUUCAGCUGGAGAUGAAAAGCUUCUACGUAUAUUUGAAAUGACUCACUCAGUUGCCAAAUUAUUGAAAUGCUUUUGUGAUGUUGAUAUUUCAGGUGGAUUGGCAGAAUCAGCAUCGUUGCCCGUGCUUGGAUUAUCAAAUAAAGCAGCCAAUGAGCAACUAGAAGCAGGAGAAGCAGCACAAAGUCAACAAGAUGCUGAAGAGGAAACUGAACAAAGUGAAAGAACUUCUAAUGAAGACCAAGAUGACGUUUUGGCUCAUUUAGAAAUCCCUCCAACUGAAGAUUACUUGCAACGUUAUACUUUAUUUCCUGAAUUGGAAAAAUUGUAUGGACAUGGGUACGAAAUCUCUUGUGCUGCUGUAAGUCCUGGUGGAGCAUUAAUAGCAACUGCUUGUAAAUCUAAUUCUGCCAAACAUGCGGCUAUUAGAGUUUUCAAUGCUGCAAACGAAUACAGACAAUGCGUACAGUUGUUAGAAGGACACAACUUGACGAUCACCAGUUUAGAAUUUUCACCAGAUGGUAAGUAUCUUGCAGCAGUUUCUCGUGAUAGAGAAAUAAGUAUAUGGAAAGUUGAAGACAAAGUAUCGGGAACUUUCAAUUUAUUAAAGUUGACCAACAAGGCACAUAGUAAGAUUAUUUGGGAUUGUUCUUGGUGUCCAUCUAAUACACUUGGGUCAUUUUUAAUUAGUGUUUCUCGUGAUAAGACUAUUAAGUUAUGGAAAGUAACUGAUAAUGAUUUGGAUUUAGUUGGUCAACUCAAGACUAAUGAUGCUGCAACCACUGUUGCUUCAUAUAAGCCUAAUUUAAUCAAUAAGAAAGUCAUAUUUGCUGUUGGAUCCGAAGGAGGCUCAAUCACACUUUAUAGUGGGGAAUUGAAGGAUGGCAGCAUAGAAACCAUUACAGAAUUAGCCAAUCACAUCACUCCAUCACGUCGGGUCACCAAGGUUUCAUUCAGCAAUAAGGAGGAUGAUUCCUUGCUAUUGCUUGGAGCUGCAUCCGAAGAUUCUUCCGUGCGGUUGUAUAGUAUUAAGCUAGAAUAG